AAAAAUUAUCAUGGCUACUCUGUUACCACCUCCUAAGCGCGUCAAGUUGUAUCAUGGCGUCCCCGAGCCAGCGCCAGAACCACCAAAACCGCCUCUCAACAUUCUCGUUCAGUUCGUAUCGGAUGAUGACGGCCGACCUCUCGCACCAGCUGUGAACUUGCCUGCUAAUGUAUCAAGAGAAGGAUUAGAGGCUCUGGUGAAUAAGCUAAAUACACAGGAUGAAGAUCCCGUUCCUUUUUUAUUCCAUGUUACACUACCAAACGACGAAGAUGCUCCUGCCACUGCACCAACUCGGAUCGUGAUAUCCAAGUCAAUAGAGGCAGAUGUUAUCGACCACCCGUCAAAUUCGUUCACCGAAGAAGACGUGAUUGUUGUACGAUGUUCGCCUCAGAGCGUAUUCCGUGUACGACCAGCGACCAGAUGUUCAUCGUCUCUUGGAGGACACACUUCGCCCAUUCUUUGCGCUUCAUUUUCACCGACCGGAAACUUCCUCGCUACCGGUUCUGGAGACACGAACUGCUCGACACCGUCUCAUGUACUUUCGGGCCACAAAGGCUGGGUUCUUUGUGUGGAAUGGGAGGCGAUGGAGAGGAAGCUUGCAACUGGCGGUCAUGAUGGUCAUGUUCGCCUAUGGGACCCGAAAACUGGGAAGCCGAUUGGAGAUGCGCUUAAAGGACACACGAAAUGGGUCACUUCACUUUCUUGGGAACCCAUACAUCUCAAUGCGGCCGCUCCCCGAUUGGCCUCGUCGUCCAAGGAUGGAACAGUCCGUGUUUGGUCUACUGUAACAAGAAGAGUAGAGUACACCCUUGGUGGUCAUACAGCGUCGGUCAAUGUUGUGAAGUGGGGCGGUGUUGGCAAGGGUGUUUUAUAUACUGCGUCAAGCGAUCGUACGGUUCGUGUCUGGGAUGCGACGACGGGCCGACCACUUCAUACCCUCAAAGAUCAUGCUCAUUGGGUCACGACAUUAGCUUUGAAUACGGACUUUGUGUUGCGCACGGGGCCAUUUGAUCAUACAGGCAAGAAACCCCAGUCAGACGAAGAAGCGCAACAGCUUGCCUUGAAGAGAUAUACGACCCUACUCGCCACCACGCCGGAAGUGCUCAUUUCUGGCUCAGACGAUCACACACUUUUCUUGUGGUCUCUCUUCCCUUCAUCAUCACCUGCAUCUGAGCCUUCUUCAGGCAAAUUGAAGCCUGUGGCUCGACUGACGGGACACCAGCGACAGAUAAGUCAUGUUGCGUUCUCUCCAGACGGUCGGUGGGCUGCUUCAGCGGCAUGGGAUAACAGUGUGCGUGUUUGGGAAGGCCGGACAGGAAAAUAUGUUGCUACUCUGCGAGGACAUAUUGGUGCAGUGUAUCGAGUGACAUGGAGUGCGGAUAGCAGGCUGUUGGUUAGCGCGAGUAAAGAUAGUACUCUUAAAAUAUGGGAUCUCAAAACGUAUAAAAUCAAGACUGACCUCCCGGGACAUACUGAUGAGGUCUAUUGCGUCGAUUUUGUGGCUGAUAAAAUUGUUAGCGGAGGGAGGGACCGACUUGUCAAAAUAUGGAAGAAUUAAUUUUAAUCUUUCAAGCCUGUCGUCAAAGCCUCAAGCUCUAGAGUCACUAGACUUACAUAUCAAAAUCUAUACUGCAUCUGUAAUUGGCGCAUUUGAAUACAGCAGUUCAUAGCCUUAGCUCUUAUAGACCGAGCCUUCCCCUGGAUUAACCCUUACCCGUCGUGUAUACUGUCUCAUUUUGAAACAUGUUCUUUCGUUCAACGUGGUUCAGGACAAGUUCAGGAGGAAUUGCACACGCAAUAUUACCGGCCGUUUUCGGUUAAUCUAUAAAAGGCCGUACCUUGGCGCGGUGAUGGCGUGGGAAAAAUCAAGAUCCAUUUUCAAGCAAGUUUUGACCUAGACGGGC